AAGGACCAGAACUUUACAGAGGUAAACUGUGUCUGUUCUUUUACUAUUACAGUUCAUCGUGGCCCUGUCGUUCGCCUCCUUCACCAAAGCUCUGUCAAGGACCUACAUGAAGAGUGCCAUCACUCAGAGAGACACUUUGACCUGUCCAGCUCUCUCAUCGGACUCAUAGACGGCAGCUUUGUGAUGGGUAACCUGCUGUUCCUGGCUGUGAUCAGCCAUUUUGGGGCGAAGCUGCACCGGCCCAGGCUCAUUGCUAUUGUCUGUUUCCUCAUGGCUGUAGGAUCCUUCCUCACAGGCCUGCCACACUUCUUCAUGGAACGGGCUAUCAGGAGAGCUACCCAAUCGCAGAGGGCCCUGGUGGCUUCAUCAGUGAUGCCAGACUUCUGCAGAUGCAGAGAGCUGAGAGAGAGGCCAUGGAAGCAAAGCAAAGAAAGAUAAGUGCUAUCCAUGAGAAUUAUGUCCGGACUGCUCUCAUCGGGGUUGGCAGCACCUUCGCGCACCACUUCGUCCCCUCUAUUCAGUGCAUUCCGCGGCCGAAAGCUCCACCGAGGCCUUUGCCGCGAAGGCUUGAACACAUAGCUCUGGCCCCACUGAAGAACGUGGUGGGGGUGGACGGAGCCCAAGGUCGACCCGGAUCUCACUCUCUGGAGUCCAACCAGGUAAAUAAAUCAUUCAGCAGCAGUAGCGUGUGGCC